AGAUCAGCGAGCCAUCAGCUCCCCCUCUCCCUCGUUUCAGGGAUUUGUAGUCCGUAGCGUAGGGAACGCCGCCGCGUGUCGGAGGCCUUUGCGGGAGUGAAACUACAGUUCCCUCAGAGCUGCUCGGAGGUGUUAGUUGUCAAUAUGGCUGUUGUCAGACAGACAAAGCAGAGAGGCAAAUAAUUCGCCUCUGAUUAGAAAUCCUUGGAAAAGGGUCGGACAAGGCACUGUUCCCAGCUGCUUUAGUGCUCGGCUGCAGCAAACGACACCGCGCCUCUUUGCUUCCGUUACAAAGUUAAAUGGUUAAGUGGACGAUUUGAAACCGAGGUAAGUCCUGUUACUCGGCUCUCUCGACACAGAAAGUGAUGUUAUUAAUAUCAAACGCUCGCUAGCCAGCGACGGCGGCUAACGUCAGCUAGUAUCGGCGUUGGCACGGCUAGCGUUGUAUGCUAAUCAUCGCACGAGCCCACGGCGACCCGCGUAGCCCACCUCAGGUGGCUAAUCGCCCUCCGCGAUGCCAGGGGGCUGUUGUCAGCGUGGAUUCAGCCUCGAGGGGCAGUGAAGAAAACGAGAGCAAUCCUCGAGUGUUACGGAGGGCUCGCCGUGCUGGCAGCAGCAGGAUGUCUGAGUUCAGCGAGGAGCCGCGCUUCACUAUUGAGCAGAUAGAUCUGCUGCAGCGGCUGCGUCGCACCGGCAUGACCAAGCAGGAGAUCCUGCAUGCGCUCGACACUCUGGACCGGCUGGACCGGGAGCACGGCGACAAGUUUGGCCGCCGCACCUCUUCCUCCUCCUCCUCCUCGUCCUCCUACGGCGUAGGCGGGGCCAACAGCUGCACCAACAACUCUGCCUCUAACACUACUACUACCACGUCAUUCAACAAUAACAACACUGCCUCGGCAACCACCACCUCUUCAGCGUCAUGCAAUGGCGGCGGCAUCAACAGUUGCAGCCGUCACUGGGUUGGGAGAUUGCUUUCAGUAAAGCUGGUAAGGACUCGGCGCUCUGGCCGCCAGAGCCACCGCGACCCUCGCGCCCGCUCUGGCCUCCAGAGCGACCGCGAUCCUCGCACCAGCUCUGGCCGCCAGAGCGACCGCGAUCCUCGCGCCAGCUCUGGCCGCCAGAGCGACCGCGAUCCUCGCGCCAUCACCGUCUCUGCUGUUCUGUCCUUCUGUCACUCAAACCACAGCGACUGCAGACUUGUUGACUCUGCUCCUCCCGCUGCAGGUGCCACUCUGAACAUGCGACCAGCUCCGUUACCUCUGGAGGAAAUGGAGUGGAGGCAAACCCCGCCCCCCCUCACCACCGCCCCCGGGACCUUCCGCUUGCGUCGGGGAAGCCGCUUCACGUGGAGAAAAGAGUGCCUGGCUGUGAUGGAGAGGUGAGGAUUCUUCUGUCAGAAUCGACUUCCUUAUCAAAAUAAAAGGUUUCAUGGUGAUGCUGUUUGUGUUUUUCCUCCAGGGAAGAAGCUGUCUGAUCUGGAGAGGGUCACUUCUCUGAAAGUUUACAACUGGUUUGCCAAUCGCCGCAAAGAGAUCAAGAGACGUGCCAACAUUGAAGCCACAAUCCUGGAGAGCCAUGGGAUAGACGUCCAGAGUCCAGGGGGACACUCCAACAGCGACGACAUCGACGGGAACGACUUCUCGGAGCAGGCCUGUGACCUCCCCUAUUUUGACAAAAGACCUCUCAGCCGACCUUUUGGCCUUUAUCGCCUGGAGCCCACCUCGCCCACACAGGACGACAGCGCAGCGCACAGCGAGCACCAGGACCCCAUCUCUCUGGCUGUGGAGAUGGCUGCCGUCAACCACACCAUCCUGGCCCUGUCCAGAACCGGAGGGGGGCCCAACGACAUCAAGACGGAGUCCCUGGAGGACGAAUGAACUGCACCGGACCUGGGAUGGAGGAAGGGGACGAGAGAAGGGGGAGUGUAAUAGAGUUGGGGGACUGAAAAGAGACCAAAGUAAUGCUCCUUAGUAAAGCUUCAUCGUCUGCUCCUCAGCGUCUGCUCCUCAGCAUCUGCUCCUCAGCCAGCCCCUUACCAACUCUUCCUUCUCUCCCGGCCUCCCCCUUCCUCUCCCUCCUCCGAGUAAUCCUUGUCCACAGUAAUUACCCCCAACCCCACUCCACCUUACUCCAUAUAUUGACACAGCUGGCAGAACUGGGUGACUGUAGGCCCUGUGAUCUCUGUGGAAAUGAGCCACAGAAGAAAAGCGGCUCCUGCAAACCCCUCUAAACGCGGCUCUUGUCCGGGGGGGGUGAACUCUCUCUUCCCGUGAGAACAGGAUACCUCUGCUUUCCUUACCUCGUCCUUGCUCCCCUUCUACUUCCCUCUCCAGCCUGGUCGUCUGAGCCGAUCCUCAGUCUAUCUCACCUCAACGUCAACCUCAGAAAAGUAAUGUGUACUGUAUAUAUAUUAUAUACAUGUUUUAUACAUAUAUAUGUAUAUACAUAUAUAUGUAUAUGGUUCUUAUGGUUCUCAGCCUCACUCACCUCAUGGUGUGCUACCUAUCUACCUACUUACCCUCAGAUUCACCUUAUCAUUGUGCAAUUCAUCAGAAGAGCGACCUCUGGCCUAACGUCUCGGGAAAAAUGGAAGUCAGUCAGCAGAAAAGAUAUCCAAGCUGACACUUGUCUCCUCUGUCCAUUCCUCAGUAGAAUAAACAGCUUUUGGCUUCCUUGCAGUAGAGCUGCUAGGUUGGAUAGAAACGUA